AUGAAAAAAGACAAAGGGAAUGAUUUGGCUGAAGGUGAAGGUGCAAUUGAGAUAAUAUGUCCAAUUUUGACUCUCCUGAAUGUGACUUGUGAAGGCAAUGAUAUUGAAACUAAUUUUGAUAAGCCUGUCUCUGUAGUAACCCGAUCUAGAGCUCGGGAGAUGGAUCUCGAGGAAGUUGACUUAGAUUUAUAUCAAGUAGACAGACAAAUGACUGACAUGAGGACUGCACAGGCUCAAGUUGAGGCUCAGGCUCAAGCCCAGGCAGCUCAAGCAGAGGCCCUUAAAGAAGUUGAGUUAGCUAAAGUUAAGGCUGAAGAGGAAAUAAGAAAGGAAGAGUUAAAGCUCAAAUUGGCUAGACCACCUGGAUCUGCAGAGGGAAGUAACAGAGGGCUAGACAAAGCUAAGCUACCAAAGUUACCAGUGUUCAACGAUAAAACUGAUGACAUAGACGCUUAUCUUCAAAGGUUUGAGAGGUUUGCUACCAGUGCAGAAUGGAAGUGUGAGGUUUGGGCAAUCAGCUUGGCAUCCCUACUUCAAGGUAAGGCAUUGGAAAUUUACCAUCAGUUAACUGCAACUGAGGCAGAAAGUUAUGACCAGGUAAAAGCUGCUCUUUUAAAGGGUGGGUUUGACUGUACUUCUGAAGGGUUCCGUAAGAAAUUUCGAGGUUCUAAGUUAGUUAGAGGUGAAACUGCUCAACAUUUGGCAGCUCGUAUGAAAAAGUUGUUGCAUAGAUGGAUGGAGAUGGAAGGAUGUAGUAAAGACUUUGAGUCCUUUGAGGAUUUGAUUUUGAGGGAACAAUUUUUUGAAGCUUGUGACCGUAACUUAAGUAUUUUUCUUAAAGAAAGACAGUUAAAAAAAUUAAAAUCCCUUCAGGAAGUGGCAGCAAGUGCUGAUCGAUAUAUAGAGGCUCAUGGUUAUCCAGUGCAAAAAUUUCCCAGUAAACCAGUGGUAACACCUACAGUGCAAAGUAAAGUCAGUAGUGGUAAUGCUCCAAUUUUUGCAGGUACAAGUUUCAACUGUUUUGUUUGUGGCAAGAGUGGGCAUAGGGCAAAAGAUUGCUAUUAUAAAGGUAGUGGUGGCAGAAAAAUAAGUGCACCUGACAAGAAAGGUAAGGCUGCGGCUGCUGUGGUGAAGGAACAAGUUACCUCCAAUGACAGUGUUUCAAAAGGUAAGACUCUAUCUAAUAAUCCUGAACACGCAGCUACUUUUGUCAAAGUUGAUCCUAAAGAAAUUAUGAAUGAAGAUGGCUGGAUUAUUAAAGAAGGGAAAGGAUUUAAAGUAGUUUGUGGUGGAAGUAGUGCAAGUGAACGAGAGAAACUAAAUACAGCCCCUGGGGAAGUUGAGGGAACGCCAGUGUUAGUGAUGAGGGACACAGGCUGCACCACUGUAUUAGUAAAGAAAAGCCUGGUACCCAAUGAAAAGUUUACAGGUAAAUUAGUCAAUGUUAUUAUGGCUAAUUCUGAAGUUUAUGUGUAUCCAGAAGCUGAAAUUUUUGUGAAGUGUCCUUAUUUUACAGGUAAUACUCUAGCAGCUUGUUUAGACAACCCAUUGUAUGAUGUAAUCAUUGGUGAAAUACCCGGUGCAACCCUAGGUAAGGGUCUGAAUAGCCCUGCUGGUGCAGUAACAACAAGAAGCCAGAAGACCAAGAAAAACAGACUUAAAAUAACUGAAGUAUUGGAUCUCAUGAAAAAACAAGUCCAUCAAGGAAUCGCAGGAAGAAGACCCUAG